AUGGACAAGCCAGAUUACGAAAAUCUCGAGGUGAUACAGAGGAAUAGGCUUCCUGCCAGAGCCUACUGGCUACCUCCUACGCAUCUCCUCCUCAAUGGAACAUGGGACUUUCAAUACGCCCCAACGCCCUUGGAAGCUUCAGAAUAUCCCCCAAAGGACGGAAGCUCUGAAGAGGCUUGGUCCCCGAUCAAUGUGCCCGGCCAUUGGCAACUGCAAGGGCAUGGCCACCCUCACUAUACCAAUGUUCAAUUCCCGUUUCCGUCAAACCCUCCUUACAUACCAACAGAGAACCCCACGGGAACUUAUCGACGUCACUUCAAGGUUCCUACUGAAUGGGACAGCACAUAUCAACUCAGACUGCGGUUUGAUGGUGUCGACAGCGCGUAUCACGUCUGGCUGAAUGGCUCCUUUGUCGGAUAUUCGCAAGGGAGUCGCAAUGCUGCCGAAUUCGACAUAACAAAUAUCGCCAAGAAGGACGGUGACAACGAAUUGGUCGUGAGAGUCUAUCAAUGGUGCGAGGCGUCAUACAUCGAAGACCAAGACCAGUGGUGGCUGUCAGGUAUCUUCCGCGAUGUGACUUUGCUGGCACUCCCUGGAAAAUCGAGAAUUGAAGACUUCUUUGUCAAGACAAACCUUGAUGAGAACUAUGAAAAUGCUGUUCUCCAAGUCGAUGUCACCCUGAAUAAGCUGGAAACAUCAUCGCUUGAUAUUGUGCUCAUUCUUCGAGAUGCUGGUGUCGAAGUGACCUCAACACGCAAGACAGUUGAUGCCAGCAAGACGAAUUUCGAAGUGCCUUUUUCGAGCCCAAAGAAGUGGACUGCUGAAAGCCCUUACCUCUACCAGCUCGAGAUCUCUCUCCAGACACAAGGAGGAGAGUCAAUUCAGACUAUUACGCAGAAAGUUGGCUUCCGCAAGGUCGAACUGAAAGACGGUCUCAUCACUGUCAACGGCUCAACGAUCCUUCUUCGGGGCACAAACAGACAUGACCACCAUCCAAUCCACGGAAGGGUUGUCCCAUAUGAAUUUCUGAAACAAGAUCUGUUGCUCAUGAAACAGCACAACAUCAAUGCCCUCCGAACAAGUCAUUAUCCUGGCCAGCCCUGGCUGUACGACUUGGCUGACGAGUUGGGAUUCUGGGUCAUGGACGAGGCUGACCUGGAGUGUCAUGGGUUCUAUGAUGUUGUCACCCAGCACGUCACGCCUGCGCCAUAUCUGGAUUAUGAAGGAAGCAAGGAGGAGUUCUUCCCUAAGGCAGCGCAGUUCACCUCAGAUAAUCCCGAAUGGCGCGAGUCCUACCUCGAUAGGAUGGUCCAGAUGGUGCAGAGGGACAAGAACCAUCCUUGCAUCUUUUCAUGGUCUCUUGGUAACGAGUCUUUCUACGGUGUCAACCACGUCGCAAUGAUUGAGUAUGCACGAAGUAUCGACGACCGACUUAUUCACUACGAAGGCGACAUCAAAGCACAAGAAACCGAUAUGUACUCUUACAUGUAUCCUGACCAAGAUCGACUCAAGAGACAUGUCGAGAUCGACGGCAUCAAGGACGGGCAGUGGGAGAAGCCCGUGAUUCUUUGCGAAUACGCUCACGCCAUGGGUAAUGGCCCGGGCGGUCUGGAUGACUACCAAGAUGCAUUCCGCAAGUAUAAACGUCUUCAGGGUGGUUUCAUCUGGGAGUGGGCGAAUCACGGUCUCUUGCACAAGGAUGGCUAUUAUGCUUAUGGAGGUGACUUUGGUGACCAGCCCAACGAUUCCACAUUUGUCAUGGAUGGUCUCUGUAAUAGCGAGCACAAACCGACGCCAGGCCUGAUUGAGCUGAAGAGAGUGUUCCAGCCCAUCAACUUCAAGUUUGAAGAGGGCAAGGUGUUCAUCACAAAUGAGUAUGACUUUAUCAGCCUUGACCAUUUGGAGGCGAAGUAUGCCAUCAAGGCGUAUGGCGACAAGCUAUCCUUGCUUGAGUCGGGCACUCUCGAAGUUCCAAGCGUCCGACCCUGGGAUACUGUAGAGCUUGCUCUCCCCGCCGACCUGACUAAGUACUCGGGUCACGACGAAGAAGUGUUUUUGAGUCUCUCCUUUACCCUCAAAGAAUCUACCUCUUGGGCACCAGCUUCACAUGAAGUUGCAUGGUUCCAGCACAAGAUCUCCGCCGACAGAAAACCCAGUAUCCCAGCCAGUCUGUCAGCUUCAGGAAGUGUCAAGGUCGUCGAAACCCGAACCAAGGUGGAGGUGGCUGGCUCGGACUGGGAGAUUCAUUUUGAUCGCGUGCGAGGCUACGUCACUAAAUGGUCUCACGGAUCGGAUCUGCUGGAAGCUGAUCCAGCCACUCGUGCAGCAAUUUAUCCAUGCUUUUGGCGCGCACCGACAGACAACGAUAAAGACAGCGCUGUCAGCGUUUGGAAGGACUACGGUGUUCAUCGAAUGACUUCUCAGUUGAGAUCAUUCAAGGUUGAGAAUGGGGUUGAUGGCUCUGGUGUCAGUAUCGAGACCAGGACAUACUUCGCCCCUCCAGUUUUGGGAUGGGGAUAUGACAUUCACACCGUCUACCACAUAUCCUCCAAGGGCGCAUUAUCGAUAAAGCUGGACCUCAAUCCUAAGGGAGUCUUCCCAGUUGACGUCCCUCGGGUUGGCUUAAACAUCAGAUUGCCCAAGAGUCUUAGUCAAGCUUCGUGGUUCGGUCGAGGUCCAGGCGAGUCUUAUCCCGAUAAGAAGCACUCACAAGCCAUUGGAAUUUGGUCUUCGCCUGUAGAUGACCUUGAAGUCCCAUAUGAUGUGCCCCAAGGCAAUGGAAACAGAAUGGAUACUCGUUGGGUGCGGCUUGUAAAUGUCGACGGUCACGGAAUCAGAGCUUCAAGGGUCGAUGCCGCAACCUUCAACUGGACUAGCGGGCGUCUGUCAGAUCAGACUAUAGAGAACGCAAGGCAUCCUUGCGACCUUGUUCGCGAAGAUGCUACGCUUCUUAACCUCAGUCCAAGGGUCGCUGGUGUUGGUAGCGCGACAUGUGGACCUGGUGUGAGGGACGAUUUGUUGGUCAAGGUCCAGCCUGAGUCAUACGGAUUUAUACUAGAAAGUAUUUAA